AUGCAUAUUCAGAGUACUAAGAAUAUGUUUAAUUCUUUUGAAAGCUUUGAGAAAGCUCUUAAGAAAACCUUUGAUAAUUCCAACGAAGAAUACACUAUAGCUCAGCAGCUUAUAAAUCUCAAGCAGAUCAAAUCAGCUUCUGCUUAUAUAAUUAGAUUCAAGCAACUUUCAGCAAAACUUCUGUAA